AGUGGUUGUCAAUUUUCACAGUAUGUGUAUUUUGCUACGGAAAAUGAUGACCUUCGGUCUGGCGAAGUGUACUACGGGCGUAGACGGUCACGGGCCGCGAGACGGUGGGACUCCUAUUUUGCUAGUGGCGGGGGCGGCCACAGGCCAUCUUCAAACCAAUCUCCAGAUCGCAGCUGCACCCCCUGGUGGGGAAAGAGAGGGGAGCUGUCAUUGGUCGCGCACCAACUCCGUCAAGUGCUGGCCGUCAUAUAGAGGGUAGCGGUUCGACUACUCACAGUGACCAGUCUAAGUGUACUCGGUGCAGACAUGCUCGCGCUAGUCGGUCUGUGUAUGGUGCUGCUGGUGUGGUGGUUCUCGCGGCCGAAGAAGUCCCCCACGACGGUACCGGGGCCCAAGCCUUGGCCACUCAUCGGCAGCAUGCACCUUCUGGCGGGAUACGAAACCCCGUUCCAAGCGUUCACGGCACUUAGCAAAAUUUACGGCGACAUCUUCAGCAUACACCUGGGUUCGGCCCCUUGCGUUGUCGUCAACAACUUCAAGUUGAUCAAAGAGGUUUUGAUCGCUAAAGGCGCCGACUUCGGAGGAAGACCAGAUUUCACCCGGUUCCACAAACUCUUCGGCGGCGACCGCAACAAUUCGCUCGCCCUGUGUGACUGGUCCUCGCUGCAGAAGACGCGACGCAGCAUCGCUCGCACUUACUGCUCGCCGAGAUUCACAUCUCUCCAGUACGACAGAGUCAACAACGUCGGCGAAGAGGAACUCGACUCCUUUUUGGCCGAGUUGUCUAGGCUUCCGCACGGCCAAUCCUGCGACGUCAAGCCUGCCGUCCUGAAAGUCUGCGCCAACAUGUUCACGCAGUACAUGUGCUCGACUAGCUUCCCCUACGACGACCAGGACUUCCAAAAGAUCGUCAGGUACUUCGACGAAAUCUUCUGGGAGAUCAACCAAGGCUACGCUGUCGAUUUCCUUCCCUGGCUUCUUCCUGUUUAUACCGGACACAUGAAGAAAAUCUCGCAUUGGGCGACGGAAAUUCGGCAGUUUAUCCUCUCUAGAAUAAUAGAUAAGCACAGAUCCACUUUAGACUACAAUUCGCAGCCGAGAGACUUCACGGAUGCGCUCUUGAUGCAUCUGGAAGAAGAUCCGAACAUGAACUGGCAACACAUCAUCUUCGAAUUAGAAGAUUUCUUAGGAGGACACUCGGCUAUAGGAAAUUUGGUUAUGGUAACUCUCGCGGCGGUCGUUAAGCAUCCGGAAGUCGCUAAACGCAUCCAAAACGAAGUCGAUACGGUAACAAACAACGGAGCCCGCUACCCUAAUCUUUUCGAUAAAGCGGCCAUGCCUUACACGGAAGCCACCAUCUUGGAGACUUUACGCACCGCGUCUUCGCCUAUUGUUCCCCACGUCGCUAGCAGAGACACCGAAAUCGACGGUCAUCAAGUUAACAAAGGCACGAUCGUUUUUAUCAAUAACUAUGAGCUGAAUCAAGGGAAAGACUACUGGGAAGAACCUGCGCUAUUCAAACCUGAAAGAUUUUUGACCGCGAGCGGAGGAAUUAUUAAGCCUGCACACUUUAUUCCUUUCAGUACGGGGAAAAGGACGUGCAUUGGUCAGAGACUCGUCCAAUGCUUCAGUUUCGUUGUUCUAGCGACACUUCUUCAACAUUACGACAUCAGGGCGAAAGAUGGUGUUAAGGUACAUCCUGGAUGUGUGGCGGUCCCACCUGAUUGCUUCAAAUUAGUACUAACGCCUAGAAAAUAAAAAAAGAAUUCUGUACAAUAAGCUGCCAAAAGAUGCUUAUUCGAGGAACAAUUCAGAAGCGGCUGUAAUCACACGUAGAAUAUUGUACGAUAGUGACGUUAGAAUCCUUUCAGGACCUAGAUAAAGACGAGGCUUUAAGCCAAACAUCACCUUCAUAUAUUUUUUUCUCAUUUAUUUUAUUAUCGUUAUUUUAUCACACAUUCAUUGUAUAUAUAUCAUUUAUGUGAAUUUAUUGUAAAGAUGUUCUAAUAAUUUAUCUUUAAUUGUAGUUGUAGUCUCCCAGUUUUAAGUCCAAUAUAAUGAGACUGAAUAAAUCGUGUAUUUUAUUA